AUGGACGAGACCCCCAUUAAAACCGAGGGCGCCUCUCGCCAUCGCGCCGGCUACAAGUCAUGGAAGAAGAAGUAUAGAAAGAUGCGCAUCGUUUUUGAUCAAAAGAUGCAUGACGGCGAGGAGCUACACAAGCAAGAGGACAAGGCCGCGGCGCUCGUCAAGCGCUUGGCUGUAGAGAAUGAUCGUCUAUUGGAUCUAUUACUUGAUAUCAACAAUUCCCCGCAGAUUCCUCCCGAGAAGCAGGUCGAGGUAUCCCUUCAGCCUCCAUCAGAUUCCAAAGCGCCUGUCCUGCCCCUGGAUGAAGAAUACAACCUACGUCAAGACACUCCAAGGAAAAGGCUCGAAGAUCUCGUCAAGACUGUCCCACACUCGACAUUCAACACUGCCAAGGAGACACUACCGCAAAUCGUUGGCGAAUUGAAGGCUCCAGACGGCGAAGCUUUCCCAGCCGACUUCCUAUCCGCCGAUGACAUCGAUAACUACAUCUACGAGAUCGACAUGGCUCUCGAUAACGGCACCCAGCACCUCCCCACGCUCGCCCCUCGCGCCCACCCCGGCAACCAUCAUCUCUCACACCCGCAUCUCAAGAAUCCCACGAGUGUAACGAAUUGGCUGCGUAAACACGCCCCCAAGAUAUUCCUCCAAGACGGCGAAGCACACGGUGAUGCAGACGACAACGAGGGUGGUCAUACCGGUGGGCGCAAGACGCGCGGGUCACGAGGUGAGCGUGGUGGAAAGGCGAGCACAAGGGGUAAGCGCGUCAGUGCAGCCGUUCGCGCAGCCGCAGCAGAACGUGAUGUUGAUGCCAGUAUGGACGAGGAACAAGACGCUACUUCAACGCCCAUCAGCCGCGGUAAGCGCAAGAGAAAUAAUGAAGACGACACCGGAUACAAGCCCCGCGGCUCAUCGACAAGACCGACAAAGAAGAAGCGUAAGAGCGAAGCGGAGGGAACACCUAGUGCGCGCAAGCCAAAGAAGGAAAAGGAGGCAUCUGUCGCUCAAGCCGACUAG